AUAAUAAUUAAUAACCCUACCGCAUAAAAACAGAUUAAUUAUUACCGUUAAAGUAGUCUGCUUAAAUUAAUUAUGCAUUCAUAGUAUUUAUUGGUAUAUUAUCAUGUACUUGGUAACGUUAACCGAAUGAAUAUCUUCCAACACUUUUUAUUUUAUUUUUCAAGAGUUUCUAUCAAUUUUCAAUACAAUUAAAUUUCAUACAAAUAAAUUGAGUUUUUGUAAAAUAAUAAACAUUCUGUAUCAAAUUUGGUCACUUAAUUUUACCUUUUAAGUAAAGUAAUAAUUGAUAUUCAAAAAAAAAAAAUGACUGAGUUUGAUGAAAUUGAUGGUAACAAUAUUUUAGCUCAAUCUCUUAAAACACAGGGAGUUGAAUUUGUAUUUGGAAUUGUUGGUAUACCAGUCAUAGAACUUAGUAUUGCUAUGCAACAAGCUGGUAUCAAGUACAUCGGAAUGCGAAAUGAACAAGCAGCUGCUUAUGCUGCUCAAGCUAUUGGUUAUUUAACACGUAGCCCAGGAGUUUGUCUUGUUGUUUCAGGUCCAGGUUUGAUUCAUGUUCUUGCUGGCAUGGCUAACUCUCAAAUAAAUUGUUGGCCUUUACUAGUAAUUGGUGGUUCUUGUGCUGAAGAUCAUGAAGGUAUAGGAGGCUUCCAAGAAUGUCAUCAAGUUGAACUUAGUAGACCUUAUUGUAAAUAUAGUGCUAGACCACCUAAUGCAAAUCUUAUACCAGUACACGUGGAAAAAGCAGUUCGUUAUGCUACCUAUGGUAGACCUGGUGCUGCCUAUUUAGAUUUUCCAGCGAAUUUGUUAUCAGCUAAGGUUUCUAAUAAUUUAGUGCAAUAUAAACCAACAAUAUUAAGUCCACCAAUAAUUUUUCCAAAUAUUAGUAAUAUUAAAUCAGCUGCUGAACUUCUUAUUCAAGCAAAAAAUCCUCUUAUUAUUGUGGGAAAAGGCGCUGCUUACAGUCAUGCAGAAAAUUCUGUUCGGAAUUUAAUAACUACUAGUGGUUUACCAUUUUUAGCUACACCAAUGGGUAAAGGAGUUAUGCCUGAUGAUCACAAUCUUUGUGUAGCAUCAGCAAGAACCUUUGUUCUACAAAAUGCAGAUGUUAUACUUUUACUUGGUGCAAGAUUAAAUUGGAUACUUCAUUUUGGUAAACCUCCACGAUUUAAUUCUGGGGUGAAAUUUAUUCAAGUUGAUAUACAUCCAGAAGAAUUACAUAAUAGUCAGCAAGCUAGUGUUGCUAUUCAAGCAGAUAUUGAAGCAGCAGUUGAUAUUUUAACAAACUACUUAAAAGAAAAAAAUUGGAGAUGUUCAAGAAAGGAAUGGUUAGAAAAAAUUAAAGAUAAAUGUUCUGCUAAUAAAAAAUAUAUACAAUCAAUGAUGAUGGAUACAUCUGUUCCAUUAAAUUAUUACACUGUGUUUUAUCAUAUUCAAGAUAAUAUACCUAAAGACUGUAUAAUUUGUAGUGAAGGAGCUAAUACUAUGGAUAUUGGAAGAUCAAUUCUUUUGAAUAAUUUGCCAAGACAUAGAUUAGAUGCUGGUACAUUUGGAACCAUGGGUGUUGGUUUAGGUUUUGCAAUAGCUGCUGCUUUAUGGUGCCAACAAUAUAAACCUCAGAAAAGAGUAUUGUGUGUAGAAGGUGAUUCAGCUUUUGGAUUUUCUGGAAUGGAGGUUGAAACUAUGGUUAGGUAUAAGUUACCCAUUGUCAUAGUUGUUGUUAAUAAUAAUGGGAUUUAUGGAGGUGUUGAUGAAAAUGUCUGGGCUGCAUUUCAAGAUUCAGAUUCUUUACCUAAUACGACACCUCCUAAUUGCCUCUCAGUUAAUAUUCAUUAUGAAAAAAUAUUGGAAAUGUUUGGUCGCAAAGGUUAUUUUUGUACAACUACUGAACAAGUGUCAAUUGCUAUAAAAAAUGCAUUUAAAGAUAAUAGUGGUCCAUCACUUGUAAAUAUAAUGAUAAAUCCAUCAGCUGAUAGAAAACCUCAACAGUUUGAAUGGCUAACUGAAUCAAAAUUAUAAUAAUAUUAAAAUAUAACUAAAAAUGUAUACAAAUUUAAUUGAAAAUUAUGUUAUAAUACUGGCUUAGUCUAUAUCAUACAUAUAAAAAAUUGUUGUGUAGA